UUUUUAUAAGAGUUGCUUUUUUUACUUUAUUGGAACGAAAAGUAUUAGGUUAUAUUCAAUUACGGAAAGGCCCUAAUAAAUUUUUUUUAAAAGGAGUUUUUCAACCUAUAUCAGAUGGAUUAAAAUUAUUUUUUAAAGAAAUAAAUUAUUUAAAUAAUAUAAAUUAUUUAGUUUUUAUAUUUUCUCCUAUAUUAAGUUUAUUAAUUUCUAUUUUUUUUUGAUUUAUUUAUCCUUUUUUAGGUAUAAAUUUUAUUAUAAGUUUAGGUUUAAUUUAUUUAUUUUGUUGUUCAAGAUUAAUAGUUUAUAUUUUUUUAAUAAUAAGAUGAUCUUCAAAUUCUAAUUAUUCUGUUUUAGGUAUAAUUCGUUUUAUUUCUCAAAUAAUUUCUUAUGAAGUAAGAUUAAUAAUUAUUAUUAUAAAUUUAAUGUUUAUAAUUAAUAGAUUUAGAUUAAGAGAUUUUUAUGUUUAUCAAAUUAAUAUUAAAUUUUUUUUUUUUCUUUUUUUAAUAUUUUUAAUAUUAUUAAUUAGAUUUUUAGCUGAAAUAAAUCGUACUCCUUUUGAUUUUUCUGAAGGGGAAUCUGAAUUAGUUUCAGGUUUUAACAUUGAAUUUAGAAGUUUAUCUUUUAUUUUUAUUUUUAUAUCAGAAUAUAUAAGAAUUAUAUUUAUAGGUUUAUUAUUUUGUGAAAUAUUUUUUGGAUUAAUAUUAAAUAAAUUUUAUUUAAAUAUUUAUGUUUUAUUUUUUAUAUUUUUA